AUGGAUAGGGGAGGUGGGCGAGGAGGGUUACUCCACCCACCAGAUCCACGCCGCCCCUGCCCAAAUCCUCUCCGCGUGCGCUGCACCCAACCCCGUCCUCGCUCGUCUCGUCCGACGGCCAGGUCCCCAUCCUCCUGCGGUUCCCCUCCCUUUCUUCCUUCUCCUCCCUCACGACACGCCUCAUGUCUCCAUCUCGCGUCCUUGCUGCCGCCACAGCCUCUCCAGGAGGCUCGCCCUCCGUGCUGCAAAGCAGCAGGCCCGAACCUGGAGGAGGAAGAGGAGAUCCCGGGGUCUAGACGGUGGCUCGGUACAGUUCCUUUUCGAUAUGUUCUUCAUGGCGCCGAUGGCUUCCACGGUGCAGAGGAAAGUAUGCGUGCCUUCUGCUGGAAAGGGCUCGGUGGUUGGGAGAGUAGCGCCAUGAAUGAUGAAUGUUGGCGAUCUUUUUAUUGUGACACAACGCUUUCGAGUUUCAUGAGACAUGGCCAUUCUCAAAGGGUUUAA